AUGAGAGACUCCGUCGAGACAGACGAUCGGGAAGAUUUUUACGUCCGAUACUACGUCGGCCACAAAGGUAAAUUCGGCCACGAGUUCCUCGAGUUCGAGUUCAAACCGGACGGAAAGUUACGGUACGCGAACAACAGCAACUACAAAGGCGACAAGUGCAUUCGGAAAGAGAUGUGCGUUUCGCGAGCGGUGCUCAAAGAACUGAAACGAAUCGUCACAGACUCGGAGGUGUUGAAAGAAGACGACGAAAACUGGCCGGAAGCGGACAGAGUUGGACAACAAGAGCUCGAAAUCGUCCUAGGAAACGAACACGCGUCGUUUCAAACCGCGAAGAUUGGGAGCCUUUUAGACGUGCAAAACUCGAAAGAUCCGGAAGGUUUGAAACAGUUUUAUUACUUCGUGCAGGAUUUGAAGUGCUUCGCGCUGAGUUUACUGAACGUGCACAUGAAAGUGAGACCUAUUUGA